CACGGUUGUUAUUCACGUACAAAUUUUAAGUGGAGUAAGUCAGCCAACUCCCCCACCAUCUAUGUCGAAGCACCACCAAGUUAAACUUCUAUGAAGAUACCAUACAAAACCAAUCCAUUAACUCCAUUCUCCCUCUAUAUAACUCUCUCAACCUUGCGUUUCAUAGCACGCUCCAUCAUCUCAAUUCCCCCCAAUAUCAAUUUACAAGCUAGCUAGAACAAAAGAUGCAGAAACACGAAGCGGCGUCAAUUGAGGUUGGAGAGACGCCAAAGGUGGAAAAUACAGGGAAGGCCACCACAGCCAGAACUGCCCCUGCGCCAGUUAUCGCUUCGAAAGCUAGCCAAGUUCCCCAAGCUGGACGAUGGAAGAGAGGGGUUGCCAUUUUUGACUUUGUUCUGAGACUCUGUGCCAUUGGAGCUGCCUUAGCUGCUGCUAUUGCCAUGGGGACUACUCAGGAGACCCUUCCAUUCUUCACCCAGUUCUUCCAAUUCCAGGCCAGCUACGACGACCUCCCAGCUUUUAGGUUUUUCAUGAUAGCGAAUGCCGUUGUAAGCGGAUACCUUUUCCUCACCCUUCCUUUCUCUAUAGUCUGCAUUGUGCGGCCACAUGCAGUAGGUGCAAGGCUCCUUCUCCUCAUAUUGGACACAGUCAUGCUCACCCUCACUACUGCAGCUUCUGCAGCAGCAGCAGCCAUUGUGUACCUAGCUCAUAAUGGGAAUUCAAAUGCAAAUUGGGUGGCCAUUUGCCAACAAUUUGGUAACUUUUGCCAGAGGGUUAGUGGGGCUGUAAUCGGUUCAUUCGUUGCAGCAGUGAUCUUCAAAUUUCUGAUUCUGUUUUCUGCAUUGGCACUUCGAAAAUAAUGAGUUGUUAUUUUUUUCUUAAAUACAUGAUGUGUGUUGUGUGUAUGAUCCAUCAAUGUCAUAAUGUGUUAAUUUUCUCACUUUAAAAUUGCUGUGGCGGGCUGUGGAAAUUGCUUUUGGGUUGGAGCAUUUGUAGCUAUGUCAAUCGUGUGUAAUGGUUUGGUCUUUCUGGUGAAUCAAUGCAUAUAUGGGAGCUUUUAUAUGUUUAA